AUGGGGCGAGCCUGCCCCGAGACAGCCAGCCCGCUCCCUUCGCCAGCCCCGGGGGCGGGUGGGCAGGAGGUGAAGGUGUCGAGCACCUGCGGGAAGCCGCCGUCGCGGUACUGCGUGGUCACGGAGAAGGGCGAGGAGCAGGUCCGCUCCUGCCACCUCUGCAACGCCUCCGACCCCAAGCGCGCCCACCCGCCCUCCUUCCUCACCGACCUCAACAACCCGCACAACCUGACGUGCUGGCAGUCCGACAGCUACGUGCAGUACCCGCACAAUGUCACCCUCACCCUGUCCCUCGGCAAGAAGUUCGAGGUGACCUACGUGAGCCUGCAGUUCUGCUCGCCGCGCCCCGAGUCCAUGGCCAUCUACAAGUCCAUGGACUACGGGAAGACCUGGGUGCCCUUCCAGUUCUACUCCACGCAGUGCCGCAAGAUGUACAACAAGCCCAGCCGCGCCACCAUCACCAAGCAGAACGAGCAGGAGGCCAUCUGCACCGACUCGCACACCGACAUGCGGCCCCUCUCCGGCGGCCUCAUCGCCUUCAGCACCCUGGACGGCCGCCCCACGGCCCACGACUUCGACAACUCGCCCGUGCUGCAGGACUGGGUCACGGCCACCGAUAUCAAGGGUGAAGUGAUCAUCGGAUACAGCCAGGAGACAGAGAGCAAAGCGCUGCAAGGCAGCUACCUGUCUGCCUGCAACUGCAACCUUCACGCCCGGAGAUGCCGCUUUAACAUGGAGCUCUACAAGCUGUCGGGACGCAAGAGCGGGGGCGUCUGCCUGAACUGCCGGCACAACACUGCCGGGCGGCACUGCCACUACUGCAAGGAGGGUUUCUAUCGGGACCUGACCAAGCCCAUCUCCCACAGGAAAGCUUGCAAAGAAUGCGAUUGCCACCCCGUGGGCGCCGCGGGCCAAACCUGUAACCAAACCACGGGCCAGUGUCCCUGUAAAGACGGUGUGACGGGCAUCACGUGCAAUCGAUGUGCCAAAGGCUACCAGCAAAGCCGAUCGCCCAUUGCUCCCUGCAUAAAGAUCCCUGCCGCUCCUCCCACCACCGCAGCCAGCAGCACAGAAGAACCUGCAGCUGUUCAGAUCCACAUCCUGAAAGCGGAAAAAAAUGCUGACUGGUGGAAGUUCACAGUCAAUAUCAUCUCCGUCUACAAACAAGGCAGCAACCGGAUACGGCGAGGAGACCAGACCCUGUGGAUCCACUCCAAGGACAUAGCGUGCAAGUGCCCCAAAAUCAAGCCCAUGAAGAAGUAUUUGCUGCUGGGCAACAACGAGGACUCUCCUGACCAGAGUGGCAUUAUUGCAGAUAAAACCAGCCUGGUGAUACAGUGGCGGGAUACGUGGGCUCGGCGGCUCAGGAAGUUCCAGCAACGGGAGAAGAAGGGGAAGUGUAAGAAAGCCUAG